AACAAAGACCUUCUUGUACUAUAAACACGCAGCUGAGUAAAGUGGCAAAAAGGCACCCAAACAGGAGUUAAUGCAUUUGUCUCGUCAAAUGCAUUCAAAGAGCAAAUGAUAUUUAGGAUAACAGCACGAUUUGUUUUGAGUAGUGUCAGUAAUGGAUACAUUUAAGAAUAUAUGUACUGGAGUGUUUUAUGGCUUUUGGGACAGCAUAAAAGGAAUUUCUCUCCUCUUUUCUAUUGAUGCAGAAAUACAUAGACAUAAUGCGGAAAAAGAAAUGGAAAAGCAGCUACGUUUAAAUCAACACAAAUAUAUAAGACGAACACCAUCACCUACACCCUCAUCAGCAUCAGCCAUGUUUCGUCAAAUUAAAGAAAGUGAAAUGACAGAAUUUAAACUUCGUGACAGCUCAGAUGAGCGAAGUUUAGAAAGCAUUAGGAAACCAUCUACGACUUCAAUAGAAAAAACUCCUAAAGGAGAAAUGAAGGUGACCAAACAAAUUCUGAAAUGUUGCGCUUUAAAUGGAGGGUUUACGUGGCUUAGUAUAAUCAUUUUUGAACAAUUUCUGCUACCAACUAUAAAAUUAGUGUUAACACUGUGCUAUGGUGACAACUCACAAGAACUGCAUACAGUGUGGGCUUGGUUACAGCCCAUACUAUCAAUUAUAUUUGGGAUGAUGUGGGUUUUGCCAAUUUUUCUAUUAAGCAAAUUAGUAAGUUCUCUAUGGUUCGCAGAUAUAGCGAACGCUGCAUAUCGUGUCCGAAAAGGUCGUCCACAAAUGAUACCGAACAUAAGUAAGCUUGUCGCAGACUUUCUUUUCAGUUUAGUGGUGCAGGCGUUGUUCCUAGUGCAGAGCAUGUUAAUUAAUUUAUUACCUUUACGAUAUCUUGGCACAAUGCUGUGUUUUGUUCACCUCUGUUUGCUUUAUUCUUUAUAUUCAUUUGAAUAUAAGUGGUUCAAUAUGGGUUGGGAGCUGCACAGGCGAUUGAGCUAUAUCGAAAACAAUUGGCCAUAUUUUAUUGGAUUUGGUAUACCACUUACAAUUUUGACAAAUUUGUCAACGUCCGUUAUUGUUAGUAGUUGCAUAUUUUCUAUAUUUUUUCCACUAUUCAUACUUAGUGGCAACGAAGCGAAACCGUUGAUCGGAACCACCGAUGUUCCCAUGCGCCUUUUUUCACCGGUAAUUUUUGUAUCAAAUUUAUUUUUCCGAAAUUCCGACAAUCGCGCAAGGAAAAAACUGCCAAACAAACAUCAAAGAAGUAACUAACGUAAAAGUAUGUCAUAUACUUAUAUAUAUGUAUAUAUAUAUAUAUAUUUGGAGAGGGACCGAUAAAUAAUGAUAUCUAGGUUAAAAUAAGUAAAAAAUUUGCGAAAACUGAUACAACGAUGGCUAGCCUUUUUGUAAUCCAUUUAUUUAUGUGUGUACAUUGUGACUAUAUUUUUAAUAAUGUAUGAAUUUAUAUUUUUUCUAUUAGAUACAUAUACAUAUUUAGUUAAAUUUUUUUUUUAAAUAUAUGCAUAGGUAUGUUUUUACCUAUAAUUCAGUCCGCUUUAUAUUCCUCUCAUUACCUUGACUUGACAUUAAA